AGCAGCGCGACUAGGAAAGCUCAGAAUCGAGUGGCCCAGAGAGAAUUUAGGCUUCGUAAGCAGAAGCUGAUUGACAAGAUACGAGAUCUAGAAGCGAGAGUGGAGGUCCUGUCUGGAGAUAAAGAAGAAAGGGUGGAAUUGAUGGUUUUGCUCAUAAGGAAUCUGUUGAAGGAAAACAAAGAUCUGAGAGAUAUGGUGAAAUCUAUGGCUUCAUUUGUGGGAGAAGGUCUAGGAUCCUGCCUACCUCGUCUUGGUCUCACUCAUCCACAACUCGACGCCAUACUCAAUCGUGCCGAUACCGAUACAGCCUACGAAGCUUUCCUCGCUCUCAAAGCUUCUCGCGAAGUAUCCGAAGCUAACCCUGGUAUAGAACUGGGUGGAAUUCGCCGAAGAGCUCCUUCCGCAGGGUCGAAACGAAAACGAUAUCCUUCCGAUCAUCCACAGACAGAUAGCGCAGAUCGAUCUCAUACUCCUGAAGAUACAAUACCUCCUGAACCUACAACUGGACCUAUUGCUUCUUCCAGCACAUCCGGUCAUAAUGCUCCUCCACUAAACAACGAGUUUAUCAACGGACUAACCAGAUCCGCAAAGACACAAAGAACAGAAGAGGUGUCAUCUGAACCUUAUGCCUAUCUGUUCCCUGAUCUUGACGCUUUCGCGAGUUUAGACUCUAGCAACCGAACACCUCGAACGGGUCCGGAGAGCACAUGGUCUGAUAUCCCCAAUCAAAACUCUCAGAACGCUUGGAACUUGAUGGGAUACCCCAAUCGAGGUCAGUUGAAUAUGCUCGGGAAUUGGUAUGACGGUCUAAGACCUGGAUUGUUUCCUCCCACCAUCGCUGGAAGUGGGAUAGGAAUGGGAACUAUAGGUGCCCCCGCGGGUGAUUUCGAAACCUUCGGUAUCUCUUCAUCCAACUACGAACAAAAUGGUGAUUUUUCCUCCACCCAAACUCCUCAGGCAUCAGCCGGUCCUUCCGUCAUAGCUGGGAACACAUCCAUGCGAAAGGGAACAACGGGGAUCCCGGACUCUAACGAAGUUACACUACGAGAAGCAGUGAGAAAGCUGGCUUCUGAUUUCGGAACGGGUACGGCGGACGGACCGGUUUUGAGUCACGAAGAAAUGUUACGACGCCGUAAGGCAGUUGACGAGGUUUUGACGUCGUUGCAGAAGGGCAAUAGUAGUAAUCGAAUGGUAGAAGCCAUGUUGCUCAUAUCAUAUCAUAUUGCCAAUUUCAGAGUAAACCAUUCAUACCAUCUUCCACCAUCAUUACAGCCUACUGUUGUACAACGUACAGUAGCUCAUGAACACUUUAUUGACGGAAUCAUCUUUCCUUCUAUUAGAGAUCGGAUGAUUUUGCUCAGAGGAAGAUAUGAUAUGGUUGAGGCUUUUUAUAGUAUACUUUCCCAAUUCGUUCUACAUGGCCAAGAUCCAUUAGAUCAUCGGAAUUGGGAAAUCUCGGAGAAAUUCUUGAAUGAUUUCCCAAUGCUUGUAGAUGAUGAAGUGUACGAAAUCACAAACCGGUGGCGACAAGCAAACGGACUCGGCCCGCUUAUUCUUCCUGAUCGUCCCGUCGGACACGGUCAGCCAGCGAUCCCAGCGAUUAGAUGA